GAACACAUGAGGGCGCUGUUGUCCCACUGCAGUCGCUUCCAAAGUAAAAUAACAAAUUUUAAAUUGUUUACUAUGAAUGGCAGUUGUUGGGAGUUGUACACUUUUACAUUUAUUUUCAUUUUUUUUCUUUUUAACCAUUAUUUAAUGGUUUUUAAGGAUAAUAACGACAUAUACAGCACUUUUGGAUUCCCAUCCCAAACCCCUCAAACAUCUUUCCUAUCAAUCAAUGCCAUGUCUCCCACCUUGCCUUCCCUCCCUCUCCUUGCAGUCCGUCCACAUCCCUCCCUCUGUCUACAUGCAUGCCCCCCCCACGCACAAAACACGCCAGAGGAGAGGUGGCGAGACAAGAAGAGGAGGAGGAGAGACAAUAGCCUGUCUGCAACGUGCUGUGUCGUCAUGGAUGUUUAGUUAGGCGAGGCGCAGCAACAGCGAGCGUGCAGGUGAAAGCGGUCCGUGAACGCAUCUGGAAGUUGCCACUGUCUUUUUAAUGUUGCCCACCGAGAUAACAGGAGUGUGUUUCACCUCAAGCGACCACACUGAGGCAAGGAGUGAAGGCAUGAAAACGGAGGAGAGCCAACAGUCGUGUCUGCAGCAGCUUCCAUCUUCAACACCUUUUGUUGGUCCAGACUACUCGGGUGGAGGCAGCGAGGUGUGCGCGGGCUGCUCGUCCCCGAUCGCGGACCGCUUCCUGCUACGCGUCAACGAGCGCUCGUGGCACGAGUCGUGCGUCAAGUGCACGGUGUGCAUGAGCGCGCUCACGGGCACGUGCUACUGCCGGGACCGACUCCUCUACUGCAAGCCCGACUAUGAGAAGCUGUUUGUGAGGAAGUGCAGCUCCUGCCUGCAGGUGAUUGGCCGCUCCGAGUUGAUCAUGCGAGUGCUGGGCCAGGUGUACCACCUGGGCUGCUUCAGCUGUUGCGAGUGCGAACGCCGGCUGCAGCGGGGCGACGAGUUUGUGCUGAAGGAAGGUCAGCUGCUGUGCCGCAUGGACUACGAGAAGGAGAGGGAGAUGCUCGCCGCCAUUAGUCCCACGCCCACGGAAUCGGUGAAAAGUGAGGAUGAAGAUGGCGGCGGGGGCUCGGGAGGGUGCAAAGGAGGCGAUGAGGGCAAGGAGCACAAACGCUCCAAGCGACCACGCACAAUCUUGACCACGCAGCAGAGGCGCGCGUUCAAAGCCUCCUUCGAGGUGUCGGCCAAGCCUUGCCGUAAGGUGAGAGAGACGCUAGCUGCUGAGACGGGACUCACGGUGCGAGUUGUGCAAGUGUGGUUUCAAAACCAGAGAGCCAAGAUGAAAAAGAUUGCCCGGAGACAGCAGCAACAGCAACAACAACAGCAGGAACAGGAACAGCUGGGAGGGGCCAGGAGGGGUGCCAAUCGAGGGGGACGUCAAAGCAACGAUGACAGCGAGGACGGCUCAAGUGGUCACGGCAUGGACGGCAUACUGGGAUUCCCCUCUCUCCCUCGACAGCAGCUACUCACCCUGGACCCCAACAUCUACGGCGGGGAACCCUUCCGACACGGACUCACUCCGCCUCAGCUGCCCAACGAGCAGCUUCACCCGUACGAUUCCGAGACUGUGUUUCACGACCUGGACAGCGACGGCAGUCUGGGUCACCUCGGCGACUGCCUCCUAGCAGCAGGCGAGGGAGGCCUCCUGGCAGCGCGGGUGGGGAACCCCAUCGACCGCCUGUACUCCAUGCAAAAUUCCUACUUCACCUCGUGACCUUUAGAAACACUCGGCCAAACUUUCCUCUUCCAAAUCUCAUCUCAAGAGACGCAGCUAAAAUGACAAAGGGAAAAAUAACGCUUACAAAUUGUUGGCCAAUAAUUUGCCGUCUCUGACAAUGAUGAGAACGUCUCUGAGAGACAAGGAGAAAAAUAUUCAUAACACACUGGAGGACAGUUUUGCGCUCAGGUUUUGUGUGUGUAUGUUUGACCUGAGAUGUAACUCAGGAUAUUACACUGGAUAAAAUUCAAAUUCAUCAAUGUUUUAUAAAUGAAAAGAAAUGUUUUGAAGCGACCCUCCAAAUGAAAUGAUCAUUCAGGGUCAUUUUUACGGCGCCUUCUUCGGAGACAGGGUUGACGAGAGACUAUUAACUUUAUUUUAUAGUUAAAUCAACAAGGAGUGAACCACUUUCACCAACAAAAGGUCGGGUACUACCCCGGACACUGAAAUCCAAAUGUAAAUGUGUGACUGUGUUGAUGUAUAUAAUUGUAGUUGUUUCUUUCCAUAUAUAUUUAUUUCUCUCAUCACAAAUUAGAUGGGUAGCCAUUUUGUACCUUCUGUGAUAAGCAUGAUUAUUUGUCACAGUGUAGAUUCUAACGCAUAGCUUCCAGACAAACAGGAAGACAGCAACGGGCUCAGAAAGCAGUGCAAUUUAAAAAAGGGGAAAAAAAAAAAAAAGUCUCGCGAUGCUUUUAGCUGCUAAGUUGGACACGUGCGCAUUUCUACAGUGAUAUUUUGUGAGGGUAACUUAUUUGUGCCGUGUUAGCUGAGUUGCAAUCUUAUGUUGUGACGUGCUUUGAAUGUAUCAUGUUGCUGUAUAUUCAAUACAGGCUGCAAUUUCAUGCUA